UCUGGUCCAGGGGACAUGACGGGCAUGUCUGGCGCCGCUGCCACCCGGGAUGGAGAGGCCCCCGAGCACUCCCCGCCUUGCAGUCCGAGCUACGAUGUCACGGGCAAGGUGAUGCUUCUGGGAGACUCAGGCGUUGGCAAAACCUGUUUCCUGAUCCAAUUCAAAGACGGGGCCUUCCUGUCCGGGACCUUCAUAGCCACGGUCGGCAUAGACUUCAGGAACAAGGUGGUGACUGUGGACGGUGUGAGGGUGAAGCUGCAGAUCUGGGAUACAGCCGGGCAGGAGCGAUUCCGCAGCGUCACCCAUGCUUAUUACCGAGAUGCCCAGGCCUUACUCCUGCUGUACGACAUCACCAACAAGUCUUCUUUCGACAACAUCCGGGCCUGGCUCACUGAGAUUCAUGAGUAUGCCCAGAGGGAUGUAGUGAUCAUGCUGCUGGGCAACAAGGCGGAUGUGAGCAGUGAAAGGGUGAUCCGUUCGGAGGAUGGAGAGACACUGGCCAGGGAGUACGGAGUUCCCUUCAUGGAGACCAGCGCCAAGACGGGCAUGAAUGUGGAGUUAGCCUUUCUGGCCAUUGCCAAGGAGCUGAAGUACAGAGCCUUGUGGCAGCCCGGUGGGCCCCAUUUCCAGAUCCGAGACUUUGUGGAGUCCCAGAAGAAACAGCCCAGCUGCUGCUCCUUCUUAUGAAGCCCAAGGUGCUGAAAGGAGGCUCCAGAGGCCCCUGCGGAUGCAGCCUUCUCCCCCAGAUCUGGUUUAUUCUGAGCGGAUGGAAGUUGGGGGACCCAGGGCAGAGCCCCUUCCCAAGAGAGAGCUGUACUCCCACCCUUACCCUAGUUCCUGUAGCUUCCCUGCAUCCUGGGGGAGGGAAAAGUAUUUAUUUCAUUUUAAUGAUACAUAAUGUAAUACAAAAAAGGAGGGGUGGGGACCAGAAAACCAAGAGAGGGACCUGGUUGUCCUUUUGCCUUCUGGUACUAGGACUUAAAUGGGGCCAAGGCUCCCUCCUCGCCUUGACAAGUGUGGUAUUCUCCAGCUCAGCACCAGAGGGCAGUGAUGCACUUCUGCAGCGGGAGGGCAGGAAGCGACCCCAAGCCACCCUCACUCAGCUGGAGAGGGUGAAGCAGACCCCAGCUUUACUUCCUCCAGCUCCCAGGGAACAGUCUUCCCCAGUAAGAUGGGCCCUUGUGCUGGGAGCCAGACCAAGGCUCAGGGAAGUGACCAAGCUCUGUGGGUAGGGGAGAGAGGAGUAACACAGACUAGGUCUAUGUUUGCCUCCCUCUGGCCUUACUAGCCCCCCUGUGGGAGGUGUACCCCUUUUUCUCCAGCCCUUAGACUGAAAACAUUUGGCUCCUGUUCUCUGGACCUCAGGUCCCAGGGGAACCCUCCCUCCUUUCCCCCCCCCCAAAUCCCUGGUCUUCUCUACCUUUUUGCUUGUGCCCCGAGACACCUAACGUCAUGGCUAAGGAAAGGUUUUUCUUCUGUCCCAACACUCUGGCAGAUAUGCGGCCCCACAGGCUACUUCAAGCAGCUACAGUGCUUCUACCGAGUUAAGAAUCAGAUCAGGAGGAACCUUUGACUGUUGGAGCAGGUGGGAGGCAGAACUAAGCAAACCUCACCCCACGCAUAUUCCCCCAAACCCAAGCACUGCUCCUUCCUGACCACCCAUGCCUUUUCCCUUUAGACAGACACCACCCCGGCCAAAACUGCUCUAUGUCCCCUUCCACUGAGCCAGGUUAGAGAGUGAGAGGUCACCCAUUUCUGGGUAAACCAACACAGUGUGUGUAAAACAAAGUCAUGUGGGUAAGACUGGGGUAAGGAAAAAGGCAGCAAGGAGUUUAUGUGGGGCCAAGGUCACCUGUCUCACAAAACCCUGACCCUGGAAAUUGGAGGUGAACAGGAGACCUGUGGGUCAUGACCUAGAGAAGAGUAAGAAGUACACACCGCACAUUUCUAAGGCUACUGCAUUUGCUUUCAAGGCAGAAAUCUUGCCCUCUGAGCAGAGUCAGCAGCUCCAACUUGGGCCUGAUAAGGAAGCUCUCUGAGGCUUCUCCCGGGAGGAGCAGGGAGGCCUGACCUUGCUGGGCUCCUCUGGGGCCCAAGGCAGGUCGCAGGCAAUCCAGUCACAUGGGCUGCUCUGGGCCUCUAGCAUUUGUGUUUUCAGAAUUAAAUUGCAGAAUUGGGAAAGUA